UAGUGUGCGUCAUAUUCAUGUUCCGCUGUGCCAGUAAACUGUGUUCAGUAUUUUUACAACGAAACUAUUCCCUGUGAAAAUCAUAUUUAAAUCGCAGCCAUGUGUUCCUUGGAAAGUGAUGCUGUAAAUGGUAGCAUUCAAGUUAGUAAUGACGUUGGAGAUGCAUUCGGAUGUUCUAGAAAUAGCGUUAGCCCUCUUAUGGGUCCAAUACAAACGGCACCCACAGAACGUUACGCUACUCAUUACAACAUGAAUCAUGCAAAACGUGGAUUAGCUAUCAUUUUUAAUCACGAAGUAUUCACUGUUACGCAUCUUAAACCAAGAUGUGGAACAAAUGUGGAUUGUGAAAAUCUUGUUACUACACUAAAAAAUCUUGGUUUUGAAGUAAAUGAUUUUCAUAAUUCAGCACAUAGAGAUAUAGUGAAAACUUUGGAAAGAGUUGCUGGAAUGGAUCAUUCUCAACACGACUGUCUAAUUAUAGCUGUUUUAAGCCAUGGAGAAAUGGGAUUACUUUAUGCUCAUGAUACUUCUUACAAGCCUGACGCAAUUUGGUCUUACUUUACGGCUGAAAGAUGUCCUACACUUGCUGGAAAACCGAAAUUAUUUUUUAUACAAGCCUGUCAAGGGGAUAAAUUAGAUAGUGGAGUAACACUAAAGGAUCGUACUGAAACUGAUGGUCAACCAGCCUCAACAUACCGUAUACCAUGUCAAGCAGAUAUUUUAAUUGCUUAUUCAACAAUACCAGGUUAUUAUUCAUGGAGAAAUACCACUCGUGGUUCAUGGUUCAUGCAAGCAUUAUGUAUGGAAUUACGUGAAAACGGUACUCGCUAUGAUUUGUUAACUUUACUUACUUUUGUUUGUCAGAGAGUUGCUCUUGAUUUUGAAUCAAAUACUCCUGACAAUAUCACUAUGCAUCAACAGAAACAAAUUCCAUGCAUUACCUCAAUGUUAACUCGUUUAGUAAAAUUUACACCUCCAAAGAAUGGAAUUGUAUAGCUGUUUUAUAUACAGAAAAGUUUAUAAAGUGUAAUAUGAAUUACACUAUGUAAAUUUCUAUGAGCAUAAGUCACACCAUUGUUGGAAAUUAGAUGGUAAUAUUUUACUUAUGCAGAUCCUAUUUGGUGUGACUGCAAUGUAUUGCAUUUAAAUGACAGCAUUUAUUUUACACAAAUUGCCAUUAUAUUACAUAACAUGUGCACUACAAGAUAAUAUAGCAAUAUUACUUAUUAGAUUAUGAAGAAGUCUUACAAAUCAUAUAUGUUUUGUAAGGUUUGUACCUACUGUAGAAUUUAUAAGAAUAAGAUAUUUAAAUAUAACUUUUAAUUAUUUUUAAAUAAUUAGGAAGCUGCAUAGAAUGAGUGUAAUAGUGAUCAUACAACAAUAUUAUUAAGAUAAUAUUCAGUACAUUACAAGUAAGGUACAGAAUAAGUACAAAUGAAAAGUAAAACUAAGACAAAAAGCGUUAUAAAUAUAGUAAAAUUGAUUGCCUUUGUGACUGCUGCUUUAUGAACAAAAUUUUAUAAGUAACUUAUAUACCAACUAUACUAUUUUAAUGUCAUAUUUAGAAAAAGGUAUUUUUUAAUUAUUGUAAUGCAAGCAACUUAAAGAAAAUUAUAUAUUUAAUGACUACUACAUUGUACAAAGUCAGAAGGACAAAACAUGUGUCUUUUUGCAAUAAGCAAUAGUCGUCUUAUAUAGAGAAUGAAAUAUUUUCAACUUAGUAAUAGAUAAAUAUAGCCUGAUUAAAGUAGUUGUGAUUAUAUAAGGUGCAAUUACAACGAAUAUUCAAGAUUUACCUAUCGUUAAAAAAAUAAAUAAGAAUUAAGAAGCGCAAUUUGCAUACACUUUUGGAAUUGCUGAUACAUGAAAUGUUAUUUUGUUUCAUAGUUUGAAAAAUGGCAUUGCUAGAUAAAGUAGAUAAGAAUUUAAUAAAAUUGUCUAUUAAUAUUAUCAUAAAAAUUAUUGUAUUUGUAUUUGAAGUGGCAUUAUUAUGAUCUAUGGAAACUUCUAAAGUGGUGAUACAACAGUCUUUCAUAAUAUGAAUAUGUAGUCUUCAAAUUCCAAUUAAUGUAAUUUUAUAGUGUCUAGUAUCAUUUUUGGUAAUUUGACACUACAUUUUUAUUGCUGUAUUUGU